CGUUCUUCUUAUCCUCCCAGUCCCUUCAGUUUGGCCAGUAAAGCCACGCCACACUCCUCUAACUCCAGAUCCUUUUACUCCCGUUUAUUCCCACUUUUUCACCGCACCCCAAACAACUGGCUCGGAACCAACCAUCCCUUGUCUGCUAAGUCUCCCUCCAGCCUGGUUUCAGUCCUCCCAGCCGGCCGCUAAGCUCGGCUCCUCUUCGUCCAUCUCCAGUUAGGUCAUGCCAGGAGGUGAGGAGGAAGCUAAGAGUGCUGCCCGGACACAGGAAGGGGAAGUCCUCAUUACUGAAGCCCUUAUCACCAAGAGGAACCUGACCUUCCCUGCGGAUGAAGACCUGUCAGAAAAGAUGUGCGUGGGGAAAAAGAUUUCAUUCCCUUGAUGAACUGGAGACCGUCCGCCUGGAUCGGGAAGGGAUUACUUCUAUUGGAAAUUUAGAGGGCCUCCGGAAUAUUCACAGCCUCUACCUGCAGUCGAAUAAGAUCCAGAGAAUUGAGAACUUGUCAUGCAUCACCUCCCUGCGCUUCCUGUCUCUGGCAGGAAACCAAAUCAGGCAGGUGGAAAAUCUCCUUGACCUCCAGUAUCUCCAGUUUCUGGACCUUUCUGAGAACCUGAUAGAAAUGCUAAAGCUAGAUGAGCUCCCUCAGAGCCUUCUCAUCCUCAACUUGUGUGGAAACCCCUGCACCAACAAGAAUGGCUACAGGAAGAUGGUGAUAGGAGCCCUGCCAUUGCUCUUGGACCUGGAUAAGCAGCCUAUAUUGGAGCGCUGGACGUCAGAUGAAGAGGAUAAAUCCUCAGAUGAGGAGGAGGAAUUUCCGGAGAUGAAUGGCCCGUUCUGUGCAGAGCGAGGGUUCUUCAAGGACUUGGAGCAGGAACUACAGCAACAUCAGGGACGAAGGCAGCAGGCGGCCCUGGCAGAGCACUCAUCAAGGAUGGAGACACAGCCAGUCCUCACUGAGCUGCCAGCCCUCACUGAGCUGCCCCUCCUGCCCCCAGUGCCCAUGGCCGGGGACAGCAACCCUGUUGUCCCUGCAGAGCCUGAGAAGGAGUCAGUCCCUAAGGCCACCUCCUCAACCCGGACCACCACUUCUACCAAGAAACCAGUUCCCACAAGCCAAAAAAGCUCUGUCCGGGCAAGGAAGGAGGCUCCGGCAGCCACAGCCCCCAGCACGUCAAAAACUACAACCAAAAGAAGCACAAAGUAGCACACAGCCUCUGCCGGCUUGCCCUCCUCCUCAGGCCUCUCACUUGUGGCAGGGGCCCCACCCCCUAAUAAAGUAUCUUUGCACUUGG